GAAACAAACCAACCCCGCACCCGCGAGAAUUCCCCACAGCACACCAACCGCCCAUCAUGUCGCUCACACAUUGCCGGUUCUACGAGGAGAAAUACCCCGAAAUUGAUGCCUUCGUCAUGGUCACGGUGAAGCAGAUCGCCGAAAUGGGCGCCUACGUCAAACUGCUCGAAUACGACAACAUCGACGGCAUGAUCCUGCUCUCCGAACUCUCCCGGCGUCGUAUCCGAAGCAUCCAGAAGCUGAUCCGCGUGGGCCGCAACGAGGUCGUCGUGGUGCUCCGGGUCGACAAGGAGAAGGGCUACAUCGACCUGAGCAAGCGACGGGUGAGCCCCGAAGACAUUGUGAAAUGCGAGGAGAAAUACAACAAGAGCAAGAUGGUGCACAGCAUCAUGCGGCACGUGGCGGAGAAGACGGAGACGCCGAUCGAGGAGUUAUACCAGAACAUCGCGUGGCCGCUGAACAAGAAAUACGGCCACGCGGUCGACGCGUUCAAACUGUCCAUCACCAACGCCGACGUCUGGAGCGAAGUCAACUUCGCGAGCAACGUGAUCCGCGACGAGCUCCAGUCGUACAUCGGCAAGCGGCUGACGCCGCAGCCGACCAAGGUGCGGGCCGACGUGGAGGUGACGUGCUUCGGGUACGAGGGGAUCGACGCGGUGAAGAACGCGCUGCGGACGGCGGAGGCGAAGAACACGGCCGAGACGCAGGUCAAGGUGAAGCUGGUGUCGCCGCCGCUGUACGUGCUGACGUCGCAGACCAUCGACAAGAACAACGGCAUCGACGUCCUCACGGACGCGAUCAAGGAGAUCGAAGCGAACAUCCGCGCCGCGGGCGGCAACUGCGUGGUGAAGAUGGCGCCCAAGGCCGUGACGGAGAACGACGACGCGGAGCUCCAGGCGCUGAUGGACAAGCGGGAGAGGGAGAACGCGGAGGUCAGCGGCGACGAGGACGAGAGCGAGAGCGACGAGGGCGUCGUUUGAGGAAGCGGCGAUUACGGAGGAGGGGGGGCAUCGGGAUUCAGAAAUGUGAUGGAGGCAUUACGAAGGGCGUCCGGAGCAAUGCGGCGAUUUCAAUUUUGGCACGAAAAGGGAAAUUAUGAUUACGGCAUGUAUGGGGUGCGAAAACAAAUUGCGCGCCAUGAUGGGGGAGAGGGAGAUGCAUGGCGACGAAAUUUGCCGGCGGACAAUUCGGCAUCGGGGUUUCCGGCAUCGUUGGGAAAUGGGUGUUCCAUAGAGGCAAGGUUUUGUGGCAAAAGCACUCAAUGCAGUUCAGAAACUUCGACGGUCGAUCCGGGUGUUUUUUUUUUCAUGUACGAGGACGAUACUGUAGGAGGAAGGAGAGGUUGUCAGCCUGUGGUCUAUCCCAACCGAUAUGAUAUCUACGCGAAAUUCAUGGUUACAAUCGAGAGGUACAAACAGAAUUGAAGAGACAUUAAAAUA